UUUUCUCUCUGAACAGGAAUGGUCUCCAUCUCACAACCUGAAGAGUCUGAAGAAGAAGCAGAUGUUGGCCAGAGAGGCCAUGGCCCGGCAGACGGUGUCCGACGCAGAGCAGAGCAGCGUGGAGUCAUCAGUGAUCAGUCUCCUCCAGGAUGCAGAGAGUAAAUCUGAGACCAGCCAGGCUAUCUCAGCCCGGGAGCACUUUGUGUUCACGGACACUGACGGACAGGUGUACCACAUCACAGUGGAGGGCAACACCGUCAAAGAUGGAGCACGGAUCCCCCCCGAUGGCAGUAUGGGCAGCAUCGCCUGCAUCGCCUGGAAAGGGGACACCCUGGUGCUCGGAGAUGUGGACGGGAACCUCAACUUCUGGGACCUCAAAGCCCGUUUGUCCAGGGGAAUCCCAACGCACCGGGGCUGGGUCAAGAAGAUCCGCUUUGCACCAGGAAAAGGAAACCAGAAGCUGCUGGUCAUGUACACGGAUGGAGCCGAGGUCUGGGACACCAAGGAGGUGCAGAUGGUCAGCAGCAUGCGAAUAGGACGCAACGUCAACUACCGCAUCCUGGACAUCGACUGGUGCACCUCAGAUAAGGUGGUCCUGGCAUCUGACGACGGCUGCAUACGAGUCCUGGAGAUGGCCAUGAAGUCGGCCAGUUACAGAAUGGACGAACAGGACCUGAGCGACCCAGUGUGGUGUCCUUACCUGCUGGUCCCCAGAGCUGCUCUCACCCUGAAGGCCUUCCUCCUCCUUCAGCCCUGGUCUGGAACCUUCACCAUGGACAUCACCCAGGUGGACUACAAUGAAAAAGAUGAAAUUAAAGGACUGAUCCAGGAGCAGCUCAACUCCCUGUCCAAUGACAUGAAGAGUGUUCUCCAGGACCCAGAGCUCAGUCUGCUGCAGAGAUGUUUACUGGUGUCCAGGCUGUUCGGGGAUGAGUCGGACCUCCACUUCUGGACGGUGGCGUCCCAUUACCUGCAGGCGUUCGCCCAGGCCCGUACGCUCAGCCAAAGAGACGCAGACGCAGCGGCACCGUCAGCACAAAACCACCUGGACAUCUGCCACGACGUCCUGUGUGAGAGCUCCUACUUCCAGAAGUUCCAGUUGGAUCGAGUCCGUCUACAGGAAGUGAAGCGCUCCAGUUACGAACACACCAAGAAGUGUGCAGACCAGCUGCUCCUGCUGGGCCAGACGGACCGGGCCGUGCAGCUGCUGUUGGAAACCAGUGCAGAUAACUCCAGUUACUACUGUGACUCCCUGAAGGCCUGUCUGGUGACCACCAUCACCUCCUCUGGACCAUCCCAGUCCACCAUCAAACUGGUGGCAACAAAUAUGAUCGCAAACGGAAAACUAGCAGAGGGGGUGCAGUUACUGUGUUUGAUUGACAAGGCGGCCGACGCCUGCCGAUACCUGCAGACCUACGGGGAGUGGAACCGAGCCGCCUGGUUGGCCAAGGUGCGGCUGAACCCGUCUGAAGGUGCAGACGUGCUGAAGCGCUGGGCUGAACACCUGUGCUCUCCUCAGGUCAACCAUAAAUCCAAAGCUCUGCUGGUGCUUCUGUCACUGGGAUGUUUCUACAGAGUGGGAGAGAUGCUGCACAGUAUGAGACACUUUGAUCGAGCCGCUCUGUUCAUCGAAGCCUGUCUGAAGUCUGGGGUGAUGGAAGCCAACGACUCCACCAAUAAGCUGAUGGCGGCGGCCUUCCUGGACUACGCUCGGCUGCUUCGCUCGCUCGGCCUCCGUGAGGGCGCCGCCCUGUGGGCGUCGCGGGCCGGCGGCGCCGGCGAGCAGCUGAUGGAGGAGCUGUUCCAAGGUGAGGGCGGCGUGCCGGAUGGCGCCGUCGCCGACGACGACGUGGAGCUGGGCCAGGAGAGUAUCGAGUGACCCCGCCCCCAGGAAACCCCACCCCCCAGGAGGACGGAGCGGGCGGUGCAGGUGGUCAUGAACUGACCUCCUGUGGGUGUUGACGGGACAGAAACAUAAGGAGGCGGGGUUUCAACAGCGUCCGCUGAUGUUUGUGAUUCUAAUUAUGUUAACGUUUCGUCCAAUCAGUGCGUGUUUGUGAUUGCAUGACUCUAACCCUAAACCCCGCCCCCUCCAGCGCUGUCAUUCACUUUAAUAUUAGUCUAUGUUUCAGUAAAUAAUGACUUUAAAAUGGGGGGGGGCAAAUGUGCAGCCCGUGGACCAACACCGGCCGCCAAAGGGUCCAACCAGGGCCAACCAGGGCCAACCAGGGCCAGUCAAGUCCAAUCAGGGCCAACCAGGUCCAACCAAGUCCAACCAGGGCCAAUCAGGGCCAACCAGGUCUAACCAGAUCUAACCAGGACCAACCAGAUCCAACCAGGUCCAAUCAGGUCCAACCAGGGCCAACCAGGUCCAACCAGGUCUAACCAGGGCCAUGGAUGAAUGAGUGAAAUGAAAAAAUGAAACAAUAACUGAUGCUGAAGGUGUUUUAGCUCCGGUUCCACAUUCAGACCCAGAUGAUCCAAAGUGAAAAGAAAAACAGACAAACCUGGAACGAAUGACAACAAACGGGUUGAAUGUGGAAAAAAAACCUAAAAUAUGUUCAUGUUUACAAAUGAGCCUUUAACAAUAAAAUAUGAACAAGCGGAACGGGACCAAAACUCAAAUAUUUACUGUAUUAAUUGGACCAGUUAUCAGUUAUGAUACAUUUCUUGUGUUAAUUGCACCAAUAAUGUUAUGACAUAUUUCCUGCUUUGUUUGAUCCUCUGCCAUCCGCACGUUGUGUUCAUAACAGACUUAGAUGUAAUCUUGUCUAAAUUGUUCUUAUUUUUGUUCCAAACCCUAAAUUUGAUCCAUCUUCUGCCUUUUAUCACAUGUUUGUCGUUUUGUGUAAUAAAUGUGUAUAAAUGGUCAGUUGAGGCAGAAUAUGAUUGAAAUUCCACUUAUUUUUCUGAUGAAAUAUCUGUUUUUUUCAGGUUAUUGACGUGUUUUUGUUUGGAUAGUUGGUCAAAGUGAAUCUUUUCCUUGAACUUGUCAUAGUUUGUGCUUGGUUGUGUUCUUCUUGGACUUGUGCUCUGGACGUGGAACCUGAACUGCUUUAAAUGUUUGGCUUUUUCAGCGCUUCCGUGUUCAGCCUUUUGUUUUUGUGCAUUCUUUCCAGUGGAAUCUUGUCAUUAAACCAAUGGAAUCAGA